ACUGUAUCCCGGAAUUGUCAUCACGCCGCUUGUUUUCGGCCAUUUUUCACAAGUACAAGCUCUGCGAAACACAAAACACAUCACCACCCAUUUUGUCACUGUUUAUAUUUAAGGAAUAUAUCGCUGCCGCGUGAAGUAAUAAUCCGUGAUGUCAUAUUUUAUUGAGAGCGAGGCUGAAGAAUCAGAAGAGGAGUUGCAAGAGAAAGACUUAAAGCCAAAAAAGACCCAGAGGUUUUUGGAAGAUGAUGAUGAAGAAGAAGAAGAGGAGAACACAGAGGAUCAGGAUGAGCAGGGAAACUUGCGUGGACUUAUUAAUGAUUCAGACGAAGAGGAGGAGGAACGUGAAGAACAAAAGGCCGGGAGUCCACCAGGGAGUGACUCAGAAGAGGAGGUGAAGCAUCGACGUAAAAAGCGAAAUUAUGAUGACUACCUUGAUGACGAUGAUCUUGACCUCAUUGAGGAAAACUUGGGAGUUAAAGUGAAAAGAAGAAAGAAAAAAUAUGACCGUGUAAAAACACUGGAUGAUGAUGAAGAGGAUGACGAUGAGAAGGACUUGAUUGCAGAUGAGAUCUUUCAUGGUGAUGCAGAUGGUGAGCUGGAGGGAGGAGAGCCUGUGGAUGAGCCUCUCCACCAUGGAGAUGAUGAUGAAGAGGGAGAGGAUGAGGAGUCAGAUAUUGAUGAUUUUAUUGUGGGUGAUGAUGGACAGCCCAUCACUAAAAAGAGGGGAAAGAAGUUCUCAGGAUACACAGAUGCAGCCCUCCAAGAGGCCCAGGAAAUUUUUGGUGGAGACUUCGACUUUGCCGACUUUGAUGCAGACGCCUAUGACCAGGGUGAAGAAGAGGAAGAGGACCAGUAUGAGGAGAGCUGGGACCGACCCAAGAAACAGAUCAAGAGGAGGCAGGGUAGAAAGAGCAUCUUUGAGCUUUAUGAGCCCAGUGAGUUGGAAAGCAGUCACAUGACUGACCAGGAUAAUGAGAUCCGUACUACAGACAUGCCUGAAAGGUUUCAGUUACGAGCCAUCCCAGUUAAACCUGCUGAAGAUGAUGAGCUGGAGGAGGAAGCUGAGUGGAUAUUCAGACAUGGCUUCUCUACUCUCACAAUAUCAAUGCAGGUGUGGACUCCAUCCACAAUUGCAAAAAUUAAAGAGGCCCUGAACUUCAUGAGGAAUCAACAAUUUGAGGUCCCUUUCAUAGCCUUUUAUAGGAAAGAGUAUGUAGAACCAGAGUUAAACAUCAAUGACCUGUGGAAGGUGUGGCAAUGGGAUGAAAAGUGGACUCAACUGAGGACCAGGAAACAGAACUUGACCCGUCUGUUUCAAAAGAUGCAGUCCUACCAGUUUGAACAGAUCUCUGCUGAUCCUGACAAACCUUUGGCUGACGGCAUCCGUCCUUUGGACACUGCUGAUAUGGAGAGGUUAAAAGAUGUGCAGACUCUAGAAGAGCUGGGUGAUGUGUAUAAUCACUUCCUGCUUUACUAUGGGCGUGAUAUCCCUAAAAUGCAAAAUGCUGCGAAGACCAACAAAAAGAAGCUUAAGAAGAUUAAAGAGGUUUCAGAAGAUGGUGAAGAAGAGGAAUUGGAGGUAGAGGAGGAAGAGGAACAGAAAGGACCUGACCUCAAGUUGGCAUCUCGUAGAGAUAUGUACAGCAUUUGUCAGAGUGUAGGACUUGAUGGCUUGGCCAAAAAGUUUGGAUUGACUCCAGAACAGUUUGGAGAAAAUCUGAGAGACAGCUACCAGCGUCACGAGACUGAGCAGUUCCCUGCUGAGCCAGUGGAACUGGCCAAAGAUUAUGUGUGUAGCCAGUUCUCCACUCCUGAGGCUGUACUGGAAGGAACCAGGUACAUGGUGGCCAUGCAGAUCGCCCGUGAACCGUUGGUUAGACACGUUCUCCGACAGACCUUCCAGGAAAGAGCUAAGAUCAACAUCAAGCCCACAAAGAAAGGCAAAAAGGAGGUAGAUGAAGCUCAUUAUGCCUAUUCCUUCAAGUACCUUAAGAACAAACCUGUGAAAGAGCUGAACGGAGAUCAGUUUUUAAAGAUGUGCCUGGCAGAGGAUGAGGGGCUGCUUACCAUUGACAUCUGUAUAGACCUCAUAGGAGUCAAAGGGUAUGGGGACCAGACGUACUUUGAUGAGAUCAAGCAAUUCUAUUACAGGGAUGAGUUCAGUCAUCAGGUGCAGGAGUGGAACAAGCAAAGAACCUUAGCUAUAGAGAGAGCUCUCACCCAAUUCCUCUACCCUCAAAUGGCUAAGGAGCUUAAGAUCAAGCUUGUCACUGAGGCCAAAGAUAGCAUUACCAGGUCGUGCUGCCGUCGGUUGUACAAUUGGCUUAAAGUGGCUCCUUACAGACCAGAUCAACAAGUUGAGGAAGAUGAUGAUCUGAUGGAUGAGAAUCAGGGCAAAGGCAUUAGAGUACUAGGUGUAGCCUAUGCACCCAGCAGAGAUACACCAGUAUUCUGUGCUCUGAUCAACGGGGAAGGAGAGGUGAUCGACUUUUUGCGUCUACCUUACUUCAUGAAAAGGAGAAAUGCCUUCAGGGAGGAUGAGCGAGAAAAGAAGGCUGCUGAUAUUGAAAAUCUCAAGAAGUUUCUGUCCAGCAAAAAGCCUCAUGUGGUUGCCGUUGCUGGAGAAAACAGAGAUGCGCAAAUGAUUAUGGAGGACAUCAAGAGGACCAUCAGUGAACUUGAACAGGAGUCCUCUCUGCCUGCUGUUGGAGUGGAGCUUGUUGACAAUGAAUUGGCUACGCUGUAUAUGAACAGCAAGAAAUCUGAGGUGGAUUUUAGGGAUUACCCUCCCCUGCUACGACAGGCUGUGUCCAUAGCCAGGAAGAUCCAGGAUCCCCUGGUGGAGUACGCUCAGGUGUGCGGCACGGAUGAAGACAUUCUGUGCCUGAAACUGCACCCUUUACAGGAACAUGUGGUUAAGGAAGAUAUGCUGUCUGCUCUCUACUGUGAAUUCAUCAACCGUGUCAAUGAGGUUGGAGUGGACGUAAACAGAGCCAUAGCCCAUUCUCAUACUCAGAGCCUGGUCCAGUACGUCUGUGGUUUGGGGCCAAGGAAAGGGUCCCACCUCCUUAAGAUUCUGAAGCAGAACAACACACGUCUGGAAAACAGGACUCAGCUGGUGACAAUGUGUCACAUGGGCCCAAAGGUUUUUAUCAAUUGCGCUGGUUUCAUUAAGAUUGAUACUGCAUCACUCGGAGACAGCACAGACUCCUAUAUUGAAGUUCUGGAUGGCUCUCGCGUCCACCCUGAGACAUAUGAGUGGGCUCGCAAGAUGGCUGUGGAUGCACUUGAGUAUGAUGAAUCAGCAGAGGAUGCUAAUCCAGCCGGAGCUUUGGAGGAAAUCUUGGAAAAUCCAGAACGUCUCAAAGAUCUGGACCUGGAUGCCUUUGCUGAAGAGUUGGAGAGACAGGGCUAUGGUAACAAGGGAAUUACUCUGUAUGACAUCCGUGCAGAGUUGAGCUGCAGGUACAAAGAUCUGAGAGUUCCCUACAGAGUCCCCAACACUGAAGAGGUGUUUAAUCUGCUCACCAAGGAAACGCCAGAGACAUUUUAUAUUGGUAAACUCAUCACGAGCAUUGUAACUGGUAUUGCUCACCGGCGGCCACAGGGUGAAAGCUAUGACCAGGCUAUACGUAAUGACAACACAGGUCUGUGGCAGUGUCCUUUCUGCCAACAGGACAACUUCCCUGAGCUCAGUGAGGUGUGGAAUCACUUUGACAGUGGUUCCUGUCCUGGUCAAGCCAUUGGUGUGCGCUCCAGAUUAGAUAAUGGUGUCCAGGGAUUUAUUCCUACCAAAUUUCUCAGCGACAAAGUUGUUAAGCACCCUGAGGAAAGAGUCAAGGUGGGCAUGACCGUCCACUGCCGCAUCAUGAAAAUAGACAUCGAAAAAUUCAGUGUGGACCUCACGUGUCGCACCUCAGACUUGAUGGACAAGGCCAACGAGUGGAAGCUUCCGAAGGACAGUUACUAUGACUUUGACACAGAGGCUGAAGACCAAAAACAGGAGGAGGAGCUCAAAAAGAAGCAACAGAGAACACCUUAUAUAAAGCGUGUGAUUGCCCACCCCAACUUCCACAACAUCAGUUUUAACCAGGCAGAGAAGAUGAUGGAAACUCUGGACCAGGGAGACUUGAUCAUCAGACCCAGCAGCAAAGGAGAGAACCAUCUCACUGUCACAUGGAAGGUGGGUGAUGGUAUUUACCAGCACGUUGAUGUGAGAGAAGAAGGCAAAGAAAAUGCCUUCAGUUUAGGACACACUCUCUGGAUCAACAAUGAGGAAUUUGAAGAUCUGGAUGAAAUCAUUGCUCGCUAUAUUCAGCCAAUGGCAUCGUUUGCCAGAGAUCUGCUCGGGCACAAGUACUUCCAGGAGUGCAACGGGGGAAAUAAGGAGAAAAUGGAGGAGUUAUUGAUCAGAACAAAGAGGGAGAAGCCCACUUUUAUUCCUUAUUUUAUUUCGGCUUGCAAGGAACUACCCGGAAAGUUCAUUCUGGGCUACCAACCUCGUGGAAAACCAAGGGUUGAGUACGUGACCAUUACACCAGAUGGUUUCCGUUACCGCUCACAGAUAUUUUCUACAGUAAACGGACUGUUCCGCUGGUUCAAAGACCAUUAUCAAGAACCUGUACCUGGUGUUACACCCAGCAACAGCAGCAGGACGAGGACACCGGCGUCCCUGAACGCCACACCAGCUAACAUCAACAUUGCAGACUUGACACGAGCUGUGAAUUCACUACCACGCAACGUGACGUCGCAGAUGUUUAGUGCCAUCGCUGCAGUAACGGGCCAGGGCCAGAAUGCUAGCACCACACCUGCACAGUGGGGUUCAAGCCAGUAUGGCUACAGUGGGAGCACAGGAGGAGGAGGCAGCUCCUCAGCUUAUCAUGUGUUUGCCACCCCACAGCAGCCAAUGGCAACCCCCAUGAUGACCCCCAGCUACUCCUACACCACACCCAGUCAACAAGCCCUGGGCACACCCCAGUAUCCCAGCUCCACACCUCAGUCCUCCCACUCUCACACACACGCCCACCCGCACGUACCACACCACAGCCAUCACGGCCAUCACAGCAGUCACCACGGACACUCGUCUGGCACGCCGUCAUCAACCUCGUCCAGAGGACGAACACCGCAGCAGCAACAGCAACAGCAGCCAAAGCCCAGUGGCAGCAGUUCCUCUGCAGUCGACUGGGGCAAGAUGGCGGAGCAGUGGCUGAAGGAGAAAGAAGCAGAGGGUAGGAAAAAAACCCAGAGGAUGACUCCGCGACCGUCCCCCAGCCCUAUGAUAGAGAGCACACCCAUGUCCAUCGCCGGAGACGCCACACCUCUGCUGGACGAAAUGGACCGAUAGGACCAGGAUGUGGGUGAGGGGCACUGCCAGAACCCCCCUCACUUUCUUAUCCACUGUACUGCUGCUGUUUCAUCUGGAUAACCCUUCACCCACAGCCUCAUAACCAUCCAGCUCUAUUUGAGUCAUUUCACCUUCUGAUCUCGUAGCUACAGUUUGACAGUGUGAUGUCCUGCUCUCAGGGCAUCUCAUCCAGAAAGGGCGGUUGCUCCAGCUGCGUAGUAUUUUGUAUAAGCAAAAACAAAUCACUGUAUUUAUCACGAAGAAAAGGCAGCAUAGUGUUAACGAAAGAAAAACAAUUCUAAUACUAAGUGUCUUUACUAUCUUUAUUUUUGCAGUUGGUUUUAAUUUGAUUCCUCGCUGAGGGACACAGUUACAGUUUACACAAUUCAUGGAUUCAAUUCAUUUAUUGCCUGGAAUCAGGAGAAAUAAAGACUGUCGUUGUUUUUUGUUUCUGUUUGAAACGUGAUAGCUUCUGCUCUACACGUCUGACAGCGCAGACACAUUUGUGACAACACACACACACACACAGAGACACAGAACAUGAGGGUACAGGCUGAUUUCAUCAACUAUCUUUCUGUUUCAUGCCUGUUGUAUCCACCACGUGCUGUAUUAUGAUGAUCUGAUGUAUUCUGUAAAAUAGCCUGUAUUGUAUUGAUGACUUUUCUUUUGAGUUAAAUAUACUUGGUGGACACCUAACAUGUGCCACACCGGAAUGAACUCUGGUCUUUUUUGUUUGACUUGAUGAGCAUGUACGCGAACCUGAUGCAGAUAAAACGAGCGAGCGUUGUAUAGCUGUUCAUUUUAACGAAGAAUACGUGUCGAUACUCGUUUUCCGAAGCAGUCUUCAAUGCUUGCAGUUAUUUUUAGUAGCUCUUCUGGUUUGAUGUUUGCCUCAAAGGUGUGAGUGUCAGCAGUCUGAGACCAAGCCUCUCUGGUCCGGUAUAUACUGCAAACUUAAGUUCGCGUCCAUUUUCUUGAACAUUUAGCAGAAGACCCAUACUAAUCAGACUCCCUCCAUUUGUCUAUACCCCUAAGUGUCUCAUAUCGUCGCCUGCAUGAUGAUUUCCGGUCGAGUGAAACUAUAAAAUCUUUUGUGAAUGUCCUGCGUCCGUGGUAGGCCGCUGGAUCCUUCUUGAAGUUUGCCGUGAACCGUGUUAUUUCUGCUGUGUCGCAGAACAAAAGAGCUCUUCGUUCUGCAUUCUGAAACUGUGUCGCAGUUCCAGAAUGUACAUAUAUAAAUAUCGCCUCAAUAUUGUUUUCUUCUUGUUUUCUGAGUUACUUGCCACGACUCUUGCCACAUUAAGGUGUCACAUCUUAGUCAGUGACAGGGGACCCGUGAUGUUUUGUUUUUUCUACCAGUGAUCCCUUUAAUAAAAAUGUUGGUAUUAAACCU